UACUUUUGCUUCGACUUCUUGACUGUCACUCACUGGCCAUCGCUGAGGAGGAAGGCGAAGACGACGACGAAGAAUAAAAAUGGGAUCCGACUCGAAUAUGGUGCACUCGCCCAUUAUCACAUACGCCUCAAUGGUGUCCCUUCUCUCUCUUUGCCCACCUUUUGUUAUUCUCUUAUAAAUUGUUUGAUGCUCGAUUUAUGUAAUCAGCAUUUACGAACGGCUUUUCUGCUGAAAUGGUAUACUAUGGUACAUGCCGAUGGAUCUGUGUUGCAAACAUGGGAUUACCUUCGGCAGAAUGGUCUUCAUGGUUUCAUCAAUAUCUGGCCGAAGCCCUCCCCAACAGCGUGGAAGAUUAUUGCGUGUUAUGGGGCAUUUGAGGCUGCACUUCAGCUUUGGCUACCUGGGAAAAGGGUCGAGGGUCCUAUAUCCCCUAAUGGAAAUAGACCUGUCUAUAAGGGCAUGGAGUUGUAUCCUCGUAUUGGAAAAAACUUUGAUAUCAAAGUUUUUACUAACUGCAGAUUUGGGAUGAUGUCCUGGGCCGUUCUUGCCGUGACUUAUUGCAUAAAGCAGUAUGAAACAUAUGGGAAGGUGUCCGAUUCCAUGCUGGUUAACACGAUAUUAAUUUUGGUUUAUGUAACAAAGUUCUUCUGGUGGGAAUCUGGAUAUUGGAACACAAUGGAUAUUGCUCAUGAUAGAGCUGGUUUUUACAUAUGUUGGGGAUGCUUGGUGUGGGUCCCAUCUGUGUAUACUUCUCCUGGCAUGUAUCUCGUCAAUCAUCCAGUAAAUCUAGGAUUGCAGCUUGCUCUCUAUAUUCUUGUAGCAGGCAUUGUUUGCAUAUACAUAAACUAUGAUUGUGACAGGCAAAGGCAGGAAUUUCGCAGGACAAACGGUAAAUGCUUGGUUUGGGGAAAAGCGCCAUCAAAGAUUGUUGCUUCAUACACAACCACUACUGGGGAAACAAAAACCAGCCUUUUGUUGACAUCAGGAUGGUGGGGCCUAGCUCGUCACUUCCAUUAUGUUCCAGAAAUCAUGGGGGCCUUUUUCUGGACCGUGCCAGCUCUGUUUAACCAUUUUCUACCAUACUUUUAUGUAGUGUUCCUUACGAUUCUUCUUUUUGAUCGAGCUAAAAGGGAUGAUGAUCGAUGCAAGUCAAAAUAUGGCAAAUACUGGAAGUUAUACUGCGAGAAGGUCCCGUACAAGGUUAUACCUGGAAUUUACUGAGAAUUAUGGUGUGGUGAAAUCCAAUGUUGUGUUGAAGCAAUUGCUAGAAAUAUUAUUAUUAGCCUCAAAAAGGACAGUUGUUUCAGUUUUAUGGUUUUUGUUCAAGGGGCUUGUGCUGUAAUCCGAUUUUUCCAGUAAACUACUUAUGCGUGUAACUUUCUGCAGAAACUUUUGGAGUUGAUGAAUAAUUUAAAGGUAGAAGUUUUUGUU